AAUAAUGUAAUACAAGUCGUUCGCCAGUUCGCUGUGCCACACCUGGUUUCUCAGCAGUCAUUUUUGCAGUAUAAUCUAAUAUUUGUCUCAAGGAAUGUGUUUGAAGUUUGAAGAGCAUUGCCAUAAUUUACAACUAAAAAAUAUAGUCUAAUAAAAUACCCAGAAAGACACACGGCUAGAAACACAAUCGUAGUGUUAAUUUCCUGGAGAAACUUGUCUAACAAAUUUUAAGAUACCUUUAGAAACCCAAAUCUUUCACACCCAUAAACUCGAUCGCCCGGUCGGAUAUCCUGGAUCCACCCUCAAUAUGCUUUAUAUAUAAUUAAAUGUUUACAGUUUUGCGCACCGACAAGAGUUUGCGAAAAGAUUUUUACAGCUGAACAUAUUUUAUACGAAUUUCCCGAUUACUUUUAAGUUGCAUUGUGAGAGGUUUAAAGAAGUCGAAAUGCAACCAUGACGAGCAGUUCGGAAGGGAAGAUUGCGUUCGAUAUUGUGGUGUCUUUUCUCAAGCGGAAAUGUUCCUUGGUCUCGUGGCUCCAGUUCCUGGUGUGUCUGUUCUUCUGGUUGAUGUUGUGGGUCACGAUGAUCGCCCUCAACGAUUUGAUUUUCAGAGACAGUCCGAUACGUCGAUUUCUGAUCAGCAACUUACCUAUAGUGGACGAUGAUGAGUAUGUCCAAGCUCGACCGAUCAAAUAUCCCCGAGACGAGCAGACAGAAGCCCUGUUAGGCCACCCUGACCACUGCAGAGAGGUGCAUUUGUUCGACGCCCUGGUGCUUGUUCACUCCGCCACGUCCCACUUUCAAAGAAGGAACGAGUACAGGAUGACCUACGGAAACUUUGAGUUCACUAAACCAUACAAACUGAAGGUUGUGUUUUUUCUGGGAAUCCCCGAAGCCUCGAGCCAACAAGAGAGCAUUACUACUGAACACAAGCACCACAAGGACACUGUCCAGGGGAACUUCUUGGACACCUACCAGAACUUGACCUAUAAGGCCGUCAUGUCAUUCAGGUGGGCGUCGAUGCACUGUAAAGAGGCGAAGUUGAUCUUGAAAAUGGACGAUGACGUCAUUCUGGACGUUCACAGAUUUUUCGAAGAGUUCCCGUAUCCACCUCAAUACCAACAAGAGUUGAUAUUUUGCCACAUGUGGAUGUUUGCGGAAGUGGAGAGAACGGGCAAAUGGGGCAUCUCGCUACUGGAAUAUGGACAAGACUACUACCCACCCUACUGUAGUGGAUUUUUCGUGGUCAUCAUGCCAGCCAUUGUGGAAGAUAUUUAUCAAGCAGCCAAGGCAACGCCCUUUCUCUGGCUGGACGAUGUCUUCAUCUACGGAGUCGUCAGGGAAGAAAUGCAUUUUGUUCAGAUCGUUCACCUUGACGAAGUGGCUUACCGACAGGAACACUACAGGGACUGUUAUAAAGCCUAUGGGUACAGGUGUAAAUACUAUGUUACUGUGCUCGGCAAGUCAAAGACCUUCGCCCAGGAGAUGCUGACCCUCAGGGCGGACAGAUUAAGGACUCUCUACUCUUCUGAUGCUACCCUUACCUGCCCCGCCAUCUUGUUUGACCCCUUUCUUAACAGUGCCCCAGGUGUAGCAGAGCAAAUACCUAUAUCGAAAAAGCAAUUAGGCCUACCUCAGAAUAGGUCUAUCUAAUCUAUUGACUUAUCCUUUUGUUAAUUCACUAAUGGAUAGUAAAUGACAGUUAAAAAGACUAACAUUUUUGUUCGACCUUCUCUACUAAUAAACAAAACAAAGGAAUUGUGAGCUCUAUUGAAGAUUUUGGCUUAGCAUUUCCCUGUCAAUGUGACCUAUAUUUGUUUGAUAUCAAUCCAGGGCUAUCUGGGACAGGUCUAUCUGGGACAGGUCUAUCUGGGACAGGGCUAUCUGGGACAGGGCUAUCUGGGACAAGGCCAUCUGGGACAAGGCUAUCUGGGACAGGUCUAUCUGGGACAUAGCUAUCUGGGAGAAGGUUUUCAAGCUGCCUUUGAGGGUUCAGCAAACACAACUCAGUUCGAGUCGGGAUUCGAUCUGGAGCCCCCUUGUUUUAACUAAUACUAUCAACCAUAUAGUUCUAAUAAUACCAACCAAAUGAUUUAACUAAUAUUACCAACCAAAUGUUUAACAGCAAUGAAAAUUAAUAAAUGCAAAGAGGACAUGUGAAUUGUGUAAAAGUUUUCUUUUGUCUGUCUGUCUAUCUGUCUGUCUUACUCUCUCUCGUUCUCUCCUUUUCUUGAGUUUGGUCACAUAUAUGUCCUCAAUAAAGAUACCUAUAAAUAUCA